AUGGCCGAGACUCCCCCAGAGCAGCUGCCCCCUCUGCAGUAUGCGGCGCUUCAAUCGCGCUUGCCUUAUGAAACCCUGACGGCACAAGAGAGCGCUCUCUUCGCUGACGUUCUCAAAACGAACUCCGCGACAGUGACGAAGCUCCUGGUGUAUAUUCGCAACAGAAUCAUUCAGCUAUGGCUAGAAAACCCAAAACAUCAACUCCUCAUGGAAAAUGCAAUCAAGCAACUGGAAGCGCCUUUUACGAAUCAAGACCGACCCCUGGCGCAGAAAAUGUUCGCUCACCUGGAACGACAGAGUUUCAUCAAUUUCGGCGUCUUCGAGCGCAUAAAGGUUCCGAGCCCUCCGAACAAGAAACGGAUCAUUGUCAUAGGUGCAGGAAUCGCGGGAAUCACAGCGGCCCAGCAGCUGACGUUCUUCGGCUUCGACGUCGUCGUACUGGAAGCUCGAGACUACGUCGGUGGGAGGAUAGCUACGUACAAACGCAACAACUACAUCGGAGAGCUCGGCGCAAUGGUCGUCGCCGGGCUUUUCGGAAACCCAAUCGCCGUCUUAGCGAAGCAGAUACCGAAUUUGGACCUCCAGGACGUCAAAGCUUUGGUUCAAUUAUUCGACCCGACAGGCAACAAAUUGGCGCAGGAAAAAGAUCACAGGGUCCACCAAGAAUUCCUUCGGCUUUUGGAAGCCUCGAGCUAUUUGUCCAAAGAGCUCGAUUUCAAUUAUGUCAACAAUCAACCCAUCGCUCUGGGCCAAGCUCUGGAGUGGCUCAUAAAACUACAGGAGAAACGAGUCAAAGAGAAACAGGUUGAUCAUUGGAAAAACAUAAUCGAAUUGCAAGAGAAGAUGAAGGCCAAUCAGAGAGCGAUGCGAAAUCUGAAGGAGCACAUGGCGAAAAUUUUCGCGGCACAGAAGGAUCUCGGCGAAACGAAGAGUCAGCGCAGCAUCAAUGAGGAAUUCAUCUUCAGGAGCAAAAUCUACGACCUGAAGCAAUGCGUGAAAGAAUGGGAGACCUUGAACGAGGAGCGCGCGAAGAUGGAGAAUAAAUUAGAAGAACUAGAAAAGAACCCACCCACCGACGUGUACUUGAGCGCACAGGAUCGUCAGGUACUCGAUUGGCAUUUUGCGAACCUCGAAAGUGCGAAUUCGGCCACACUCGAUGAUCUUUCUUUAAGAAAUUGGGACUUGGACGAAGAAUUCAAGGGCUCUAAUAAAAUGAUCAGGAACGGUUUCACUGUGAUCCCGCUCACGAUGUCUCGAGGGCUGAAUGUAAAACUCAGCACAGCGGUCAAACAAGUGCGAUACACGAACGAAGGAGUAGAGAUCUUGGCGCAGUCCACGAAGUCUCCGGGAGCGGAAGCGUCGCCUUCGCUUGAGACCUUCACUGGAGACGCUGUACUGUGUACUCUGCCGCUCGGAGUUCUAAAACAGACAGACCCGUCGAAGAGUAAUGUGGUCAGUUUCCUCCCCUCGCUCCCCGACUGGAAAAUGGCUGCUGUGAACAAAAUGGGCUAUGGGAAUCAGAACAAGGUUCUGCUCGGAUUCGACAAGAUAUUCUGGGAGCAGCAUCUUCCGGUCUUCGGCCACAUCGGUUCAACCACAGCCUCGCGCGGCGAGCUGUUCACGUUCUUCACGAUCUCACCAAAAACUCCUGUACUCUUGGCUCUCGUGUCUGGGGAGGCUGCGAACAUCAUGGAAGAAGUGAACGAUGACGUCAUCGUAGGACGCUGCAUAGCGGUCCUCAAAGGAAUGUACGGUCUCGGUAAUGUUCCUCAACCGAAGGAUACCGUGGUGACGAGGUGGAAGAAAGAUCCUUAUGCUCGAGGCUCCUUCUCCUAUGUGGCCAAGGGCGCUUCCGGACAUGAGUUCGAUCAGCUCGCUGAGCCGGUCUGCGUACCUUCUACAGAGAACGACCGUAAAUAGUCCUUAUAAUCCCUAAUCUAUUCCACAGCACCUUCGGCGAAGCAACCGCGGCUGUACUUCGCCGGGGAACACACGUCUCGGAAAUACUUCAGUACGGUUCAUGGAGCCCUGCUCAGCGGUCUCCGCGAGGCCGCGAGGAUUGCCGACACAUUCCUAGGUCCCGUUUCGACACCAAAACAGGUCGACAAGGUUGCAUGCGCCAUCGCCGCAUCUGUCGCGCUUGCUCUCGUCUGCUCAGUCGCUCUCUUGGUGUCUUCGUCGGAGGAAUAUCAUGCAGCCCCUCCGGCAGCCGAUCUCCCUCCGGAGGAACCCGCGGAAGGCAGCAAAGCCCCAGCGAUCGCUUGCUGUAUUGCGACCCUUGUUAUUUUGGCGAUCGUUACGUCGGCGUUCUCGUUCUCGGCGGCAUGGUUCGACGAAAAUCCGAAGACCCCAUCGAACUGGUGUCCCGAGCUCCUCACGCGCGAGUUUCAGCCGGAAGAGUUCGAAAUCAGCGUGAAUCACAGUCGCAUUACUGGUUUCGUUAGGGAGCCGGAAUACUCCGUCGCGAAUUUCAUGCGGGUUGAGCUCAAGUGGUAUCUGACCACAAGCGACCUCAAGUCCGAGCCGAUUGUCGCAUUCGUCGUACGAGGGUCCAAUUCUAGCUUAGGCUUCAUGAUCGACAUCAGCACGCGGGAGUUCAAAGCCGUUCCUCUGGAUCUAAAUCCAAUAUAUCUCCUCGAUCAAUUGAAGGAACGCCAUCCGAAACAACGAGCAGCUGCCAGCCUCAACCUCGAGUUCGUGACGCCGUUCAAGAUAGCUAUAUACGUCAGGGAAGACUAUCAAGACAGAAGGAUGACCAUGGAACUCUACGACAGCGUUCCGAAACUUUAUACGAAUACGACUUUGCUGACCAAGCUCUACCAGUUCAUGCCUAGGAAGCCUAGACCUGCUAUGGACCCUUUGAUGUACGUCAUCACGGGCAUCAUGAAGAAUGAAACGAAACCGGAAAAACCGAUGAUCUCCUACACACAUGUUGGAUGCAGCGUCGAUAGGAAAAGCAUCAGAGACGGACGAGCUUAUUUCGAGCCAUUAUGCAGGUGA